AUGGGGAGGCGGGCGCAGUCGACCCAAGGGUGGAGAAGGGGGACGGCGAAGGACGCGCGUUCCCGGGCUCGUGACCGCUGGUGGCCCGGGGAGCCGGCGCCUAGACAGCCUCGGAGAUGGCAGGCGGUGGGGACCGGAGCGCGGUGGGCACUCUCCACCUGCUGCUGCUGGUGGCUGCCCUGCCCCCGGCUGCCCGGGGGGUCAGACGAGGUGCCGCAGACUGGACCCAGGAGAAGAAUUAUCACCAACCAGCCAUUUUGAAUUCGUCAUCUCUGCGGCAAGUUGCAGAAGGCACCAGUAUUUCAGCAAUGUGGCAAAAUGACUUACGGCCGCUGCUGAUAGAGCGAUAUCCGGGAUCUCCAGGAAGCUACGCGGCUCGCCAGCACAUCAUGCAGAGAAUUCAGAGACUUCAAGCCGACUGGGUCUUGGAAGUAGACACCUUCUUGAGUCAGACACCCUAUGGGUACCGGUCUUUCUCAAAUAUUAUCAGCACCCUCAAUCCCACUGCCAAACGACACUUGGUCCUCGCCUGUCACUACGACUCCAAGUACUUUCCCCCUUGGGACAACAGGGUGUUUGUGGGGGCAACUGAUUCAGCUGUGCCGUGUGCGAUGCUGUUGGAGCUUGCCCGGGCUCUGGACAAGCAACUGCUUUCCUUGAAGAAUGUUUCAGACUCCAAGCCAGAUCUCUCACUCCAGCUGAUUUUCUUUGACGGAGAAGAGGCUUUUCUUCAUUGGUCUCCUCGAGAUUCUCUGUACGGAUCUCGGCACCUAGCUCCCAAGAUGGCAUCGACUCCACACCCACCUGGAGCAAAAGACACCAACCAACUGCACGGCAUGGAUUUAUUGGUCUUAUUGGAUUUAAUUGGAGCUCCCAACCCAACAUUUCCCAAUUUUUUCCCAAACUCUGCCAGAUGGUUUGAUAGACUUGAAGCAAUUGAACAAGAACUCCACAAAUUAGGUUUGCUCAAGGAUCACUCUUUGGAGAGGUUGUAUUUCCAGAAUUAUGGUUACGGAGGUGUCAUUCAAGAUGACCAUAUUCCAUUUUUAAGAAGAGGUGUUCCAGUCCUGCAUCUGAUACCAUCUCCUUUCCCUGAAGUGUGGCACACCAUGGAUGACAAUGAAGAAAAUUUGGAUGAAACAACCAUUGACAAUCUAAACAAAAUCAUACAAGUCUUUGUGUUAGAGUAUCUUCAUUUAUAAUUAUCUUGUCUUAGUUUAUGGUAAUCAUUUCUAGUUUCACAUUCAGAAGUCAAGGCACACUUAAAAUAAUCUCACUCCAGAGAAAUGCCAUGUGGAACUUCCAUCUUAUAGAUUCGUUCAUAGGUAUCUUUGAAUAUGUGAUCAAUAAACCCUAGAUUUACAUCAUGUCCUAAA